UCUGAGGCUGCGGGGAUGGGGGACACGGCUCCCCCUCAAGCCCCGGGUCUCCUGGGAGGAGGUGGCGGCGGCGGCGGCGGCUCCGUGGCGGCGCCGCGGGUGCACAGCGCGAUCGUGGAGCGGCUGCGGGCGCGCAUCGCCAUCUGCCGCCAGCACCACCUGAGCUGCGAGGGGCGCUACGAGCGGGGCCGGGCGGAGAGCUCGGGCCGCGAGCGGGAGAGCACCUUGCAACUCCUCAACCUGGUGCAACACGGCCAGGCGGCCAGGAAAGGAGGCAAGCACAGCAAGGCGGCGGCGGCGGCAGCGGCGGCCAAUGGUCACGGCGGAGGCGGCAGCAUCGCGGCUUCGGCUCCUUCUGCGAACGCUGCAGCGCCCCCUCCGGCGGACUACUAUCGCCAGCAGCUGAUCAGCAACGGAACGACUGGUGUCAGCAGUGGGAUCAACGGAGAGCAGCCCGGCUCGGCCUCUGGAGGGGAACAGAGGAACCCCGCGCUCAUUGCGCUCCAAGGUUCCUUGAAGAGAAAACUGGUGGUGAAUCUGUCGCCGGCCAUUAACAAGAGGUCCAAUGGCAUUGCCGACUGCAGCUUCCUUGAUAUUAAGAGGAUCCGAGUGGGCGAGAAUAACCUUUCUGUGGGGCAAGGUGGACACUGUGGCAACAAUUGCCCAAACCAGCCGGUGUUGGGAACUUUGACGGCUGAACAAGGCGCUCAGAGGAAAGUCAGCAGCCCAACCGGCAACACCCACUCGAACGCAAACGGGAUGUUCAACAUGACUCUGAAGGAGGUCAAGAAAGAGCCCGGUGAAACCAGCUCUUGCAGUAAGCACUUGGAUGGGCAGGGCUCCCAGGGCAAUCCUUUCCCCAUUCGAUACGGAGAAGACGCAGGGGAACAGUUGAUGGACCCGGAACUUCAGGAGCUGUUCAAUGAGCUGACAAAUAUUUCGGUGCCGCCCAUGAGCGACCUUGAGCUGGAAAACAUGAUCAACGCCACCAUCAGUAAAGACGAGCCCUUUAGCAUUGACCUCGGGCAGCAGGUCCAGAGAGCGCCCUCGGCCAGGUCUUCCUCCUUGCAGAUGGACAAGAUGGUGAUCAAGCAAGAGUACUCGCCAGGUCUGAACCAAGCUUCUGUGGGGUCUCCCCAGAUGAGGCCUUCUUCCACAGGCCCAGCUUACACUAUGUCCGGGGCCACUAUGUCCGCCUCAUCGCCGAUUCCUUCAGCACCUCAGACUCAGACUCCUCCAUCUCAAGGGUCUUCAGUUCCCAGCCGGCCCUUGGCCAGCUGGCAGGAGGUCUCCCACGCCCAGCAGUUGAAGCAGAUCGCGGCCAACCGGCAGCAACAUGCCCUUAUUCAGCAGUGCCAGCAAAGCCAGCCGCCGUCCCCCUGGCCCGCUUUGACGUCCGCCGAACCUUCUCCAGGGUCCUUCGUCCAGGAGAAGAUCUCCAGCCCUCCUUUCCACCAGCAGCAGUUCAGCCCUCAAAGCUCCGGAAUGCCUGGGAAUGGGAACCAGCCGAAAGGGAUAAAUAGCUACCUUUACCGGCCAAGCUCCAUGCCCCAGGGGAAUCCCAUGAACAUGAUGAUGCAGCGAAAGCCUCAGGACCUCAACAGGGGUUAUAUAAGCAGUGGCCAGAUGUCUCUGGAGGAGCCUCAGAACAACAUUAAGCCUUUGUUUCAUUUCAACUCGGAGCAAGCCAGCCAGCAGAUGCCUUCCGUUUUGGGUUCCCAAAACAAGCCUUCCAUUCUGCACUAUGCACAGCAGCAGCAGCAGCCUAACUCUGCCACGGUGCAACAGCAGAACCAGCAGCAGCAGCAGCAGCAGACACGGCCACCCCAGCCUCUCCAAAGCCAGCCUCUGCAGAGGCCACCAAACAUACCCUUAGCUUUGCAGCAGAAGAUCCUGCUGCAGAAAAUGCUGCAAGGCCAGCCGGUUUCGGGGCUUCAGUACCCCGUCCCGCCUCAGCACCAGCUGGAUCAACACUCCGUGCUGAGCCAAAGCGCAGGCCCCAAUCCAACGUCAAACGCCUGCACGAAUCCAAAUGCUGCGAGCAGCUACAUGAACUCACCUCAGCAAGCUCUGCUGAAUCAGCAGCUGAAGCAGCAACUCCUUCUGCAGCACCAGCAGCAGCAACAAAAGAUACUAACUGAAGCAGAGAAAAUGACUCCGCAAGAUCAGCUGAACCGGCACUUGACGAGGCCCCCGCCAGAUUAUAAAGACCAAAGAAGGAACCAGGUCAACAUGCAGCAAACACAUCAGUAUUCAGGUGGAUCGCCAGCCGUGAGCGUCGGCUCCAACCUCUGCUUUUCCAACUCUAUUUCAACUUCAAGCCUCUCGCCACAGGCAUCCGGUCUUUUGACCACCACUCACGGAGCCAGAAUGCCUUCUCUCCCGACGACGCGCCACAUGGUCUGCUACGGGAACAUUCCUUGCAGCCAACCGAGCGCGUACAGCGUGGCUGCAUCGGGCGCGAACCAAGUGUCGCAGCACAGGAACCCGAACCAAAUGAUCUCCAGCCAGCAAAGCAAUUCCGCAGCGUCUCGGCAAGGGCCGCCGGGGCAAGGCAGUAAUAAUAACCUGUCGGCAUAUGAUGGUGGGCCCGGGAUCAGCUCUCAGCAAGGCAAACUCAGCUUGAACCAAGGGACUUCUUCUGCACCAAGGCCUCCGAACGUCAUGGUCAACUCAAAUUCGGCAGCUCAGACCUGGGCCUCACAAGAAACAGGAGCGAAGCAGCAGGAAACACGCAAGGCCGUGGGGUCCCCUUUCCCCGUGGGCAGCCCCUAUACAAACCAGCCGCUGCAGCGCACAUCUGCCCACCAGCAGUUUCCCCAGCGCGCCAUGGGGCCUGCUCCUAACCAGCUGGCCGCCCCCCAGAUGAGAACACCCACGAGCCAAAUGAACCAAACUCUAAAUGGGCAAGCGGCUGGGGCGCAAAAAUCCCUGGGGGCAAGGCCUGGCCAGGUACGGGCUCAGACAGUGCCACACUUAAAUGCACCCGGGGUGAGCAUGGCAGCGCCGAACUCAUUGCCGUCAAACCAUUUCCCAUCUAGUAGUAGCCAGGCUUCUGCCAGGGCCUACCAGGGAACCGACCACGCCAGCGACCUGGCGUUUGAUUUUCUGAACCAGCAAGGUGACAGCAUUGGGCCUGCCCUCAACAGCGAUCCAGACUUCAUCGAUUCUUUGUUAAAAACAGAGCCGGGUAACGACGACUGGAUGAAGGACAUCAACCUUGAUGAAAUCCUAGGUGGCCACUCCUGAGGUGGAGCAGCAGGCGGUUGCAAACUCACGGAGCGGGUGGCGGCAGCUGUGGUUUUUGGUUCUUUUAAGGCCCAAAAGCCAGGAUUGCACUCCACAAAAGUUUUUCAGAGGGAACGUGUCUUUGGAGUGUUUUCAAGAAAACCAAACUUUGCUCUCCCAAUGGUUAAAGGGGUUCCUCGUGGUCGGCAAUGAGGAGCAAAAGAAGUGUCUGCGCCCG